ACAAGUUCUCACUCUGGCUUCCAAGCCUUUUUCAGCGUUUGCAUUAUCCAUUUUAUUAAUCUUGUAGACUGUUUGGUCGGUCUUUGAGUUCCAUCCCUUCCUCUUCGAUGACUCCCUUUCUACCAACUUGAAAAUGCAGGUCGCCAUGGAACUAACAGGUGGUAGCAUUCCGCAUUGAUCCGCAAAGAAACACCGCCGCUGCCACUGUGCUUUCCUCUCUCUCUCUCUCUCUCUCUCUCUCUCUCUCUCUCUCUCUCUCUCUCUCUCUCUCUCUCUCUCUCUCUCUCUCUCUCUCUCUCUCUCUCUCUCAUAAAAUGCCAUUAAAGUAUGUUCUCGCUUCGAUCAGAUACAGUUUGAGAGAUGUUCUUCUUCUAACUCGAGAACAAAGAAAAGAAGCAGAAUUCAAGUACUGAGCUCCAGCGUCAGGAAAGAGUUUCCUGAGUUCUGAAUCUACAAACUCAAAAUUGGAAAUGGGUUAACACAGAGGCCACGGCCUGCUACGCUUAUCUCACUGGUUCCUCCUUCCCCCUCUAUCUGACUCGCCGUCACUCGCCAUUGACUCAGCCGAAUCACCAGGUUUGGGGUUGGUCAAGUAGAAUCGGAAAAAUCUGGUUUUCCAACCUUUCUAUUCAUGUGUUUUUUUGGGGAUUUUACUAACAGUAAGAAAGUCAGAAACAUGGAAUUUAACUUUCCGAAAUUGGUCGGUGUCAAAGUCGUCGAUCCCUACCAAAAGGAAAAAAUUAUGAGAUUCGCAUUCGCUUCAUUUGCCAUAUCUGUUGUUCGAUUGAAGUCUGAAGAUAGUGGAAGAAGCUCAAGAAGACAUGGCAAGCAGACUCACAAGAGCUGACAUCGUUGUCUCUCCCACAGUUCAGGCAAUUUUGAAUAAAUUGGAUGACCCUUUGCUGUUACAGGACUUUGGAUCAAUGUGGUGUGUGGAGAGAGAGUUGUACAAGCUAUAUUGUAUCAUGGAAAGAAUCAAAACAAUUCUUGAGGUAGUGGAGAACAAGCAAAGGAAAGAUGGGCUUAUGAAACACUUCCUCGAAGAUCUUAGAAGUUUGGUUUACUACAUCGAUGACGUGCUUGACGAGUUCCUCACAGAAAUUCGCAAGCUACGAGAUGACAGAAUCCAAAGCAAAAACAGGAAUCAGGUGCCCUCUUACCUUUCUUUUUCUUUGAAUGAGAAUCAUAUGUUAAGUCGGAAAGAUAUUGGUCCUUUCGUAAAUAAAAUUAACGAGGAACUAGCUGUCAUUGAGGAGAAACUUGUAAAGCAUUACUUUCAAGGACAGACUGAACUAAUUCAGCAUGAAAUGUUCACUAGAGUACAAGCUUUUCCAUCUGGAGACAGGAGCCGUAUUGUUGGUUCAAUAGUUGAUCAAAAUCAUGUUUUUGGAAGAAAAGAUGAUUUAUGUUAUGUAUCAGACAUGUUGUUAUCUGAUCAGUAUGAUGGAAGGGGUAGUGUUUCUGUGGUUUCCAUUGUUGCCAUGGGGGGAAUGGGCAAGACGACACUUGCUCAGCUUCUCUACAAUCACAAUGGUGUAAUAAAUCAUUUUGAAGUUAGAGUGUGGGUCUCUGUCUCUGAUCAGUUUGAUGUUGUCAGACUAAGUGGGGAAAUUCUAACUUCAGCAACUAGGCAAUCUGUUCCACAUUUUGAACAGUUAGACCCACUUCAGCGUGGACUUGAAGACGCUGUAAGAGGGAAGAGAAUUUUAAUUGUGUUGGACGAUGUGUGGAAUGAAAAACAUGCUGAUUGGGAGAAGCUAUUCGUUCCUUUUAGGGUUGCAAGUAAAGGAAGUAGAAUCUUAGUAACCACUAGGAGUGAUAAAGUUUCAUUUGCCUUGAAUGCGAUUGCAACUCAUUAUUUGAGAGCUUUAUGUGAUGAAGAUGCUACGUUAUUGUUCAAAGAUCGUGCUUUUAUUGAUCCCAUUAUGAAUGCAAACUCCACCUUCGAAGCCAUUGGCAAUGAAAUUCUUAAAAAGUGUGAUGGGUUACCUUUGGCAAUUAAUACACUUGCAAGGCUUCUUCAAGGUAAACAAGAUCAAAAUCAAUGGAAAUUUAUCUUGGAAUCUGAGAUGUGGGACAUAGGAAAAGAUGAUAUUUUUCUGGCUCUAAGUUUGAGUUAUCAUCACCUCCCGCCACAUCUAAAACAAUGUUUUGCAUACUGUUCUUUAUUUCCAAAGGAUUCUGAAUUUACAAAGGAAACUUUAGUUUCACUUUGGGUUGCAGGAGGCUUCAUUCAAACUAAACAAUUAGAUAAAAUGGAAGACAUUGGACGACAAUAUUUUGAUGAUUUGCUGCAUAGGUCUUUCUUCCAGUCCAGUUCAUGUGAUGGAUUUAUGAUGCAUAAUCUCAUGCAUGAUUUGGCAUGCUUAGUUUCAGCUGGUGUGUAUUUCAGACCGGAGGAUAAUAUUUCAUAUCACAUUUGUGAAAAUGUUCGACAUAUGUUUUUGGCUAAUCUUGACUUUGAUCUAGCAGAAAAUAGGUCAUACAGAUUCAAGAGGUUAUCAUCAUUUCUAUUUAUAUGUGAAAGAAUGAACAUGCAAGGACAUCAUAUUCUUAAUAUGUUGAUUGCAGAAUUCAAAUGCUUACGUGUGUUGGUUCUUGAUGCUUUUUGGAUCAACUCUUUGCCCUAUUCCAUUGGCAAUCUGAAGCAUCUACGAUUCUUUCGUAUCAGCAGUGAUACAAUAGAAAAGUUACCUGAGUCAAUAUGUGCACUCUACAAUUUGCAGGUAUUGGAUGUAGUGAAUUGUAGAAAGCUUAUUGAGUUACCUGAAGACAUAUUCAACCUAGUCAAUCUCCAACGCCUACGGAUGGAGGACAAAUGGUGGGAUGUUGAAAGGAGGCCAAAAAAAAUGGGAAAAUUAAAAUGUCUUAAAGAAAUUCCCUUUUUCCAUGUGGGCCUAGAUGUAGGCCAUGGAAUAAGUGAACUAAAAGAAUUGGUAAAUCUCGAAGGAACCCUCGGCAUUGAAAGUCUAGAGUUUUUAAUGGAUAUCAGAGAAGCCAAGGAUGCCUCUCUAAAGAACAAGCAGAAAAUUGACAAGUUGUGGUUGGAAUGGGGUUGUUCUAGGAGGGAGAAACCAUAUAAUUUUUGUUUUAGUGAAUGGAAGCAUCCGUAUUACAAAUCUUGGGAAGAUGUACUUUCUCACUUCAAGCACUGGGAAGAUGUACUUGAAGUUCUAGAACCUCACAAAGGGUUGAAGGUUCUUGAAAUUAUGGACUUCCCUGGUUUAUGCUUUCCAACUUGGAUGACAACAAAUAUAACGAGAUACAGCAAGCUUGUCACAGUGAAACUUUAUAGAGUUGAGAGUGAGUCACUUCCGCCUUUGGGACAGCUGCCUUGUUUAGAAACCCUCAAGAUCUCAUGCUCUCAUAAAAAUAAAAUCAGACAAUUGACUGCUGUGUUCUAUGGUAAUAUUGGUGGUAGGAAGGGGUUUCAAAAGCUGAAAUCCUUGACAUUUGGUGAUAUGGAUAGUCUGCAGGAAUGGUGUGAAGCGGAAGGUGGUGAAUUCCCUUGCCUCCAGAGCCUUCAUAUAAGCGGUUGCCCCAAGCUAAGGAGACUGCCUCGACUUCUCCCUAGUACAGAACGAUUGACUUUUGAUAUCACAUCUUGCCAUAGUUUAACAUCGUUGGACUGUGGACUAAAUACCUCUCUUAAAGAGUUGCAUGUCAGUAAUUGUGAUGGUAUUAGAUCAUUGGCUGAAGACCUGUACAGAUUCACCUCAUUGCAGAGAAUUAAUAUCUCAUAUUGUUCUCAACUGGAGGUGUUGUUUUCAGAUGAAUGUCUAAUCUCAUCCGUGCUUGAAGAUUUAAGGAUCUCUUAUUGUGAAAUGCUUAAAACACUGCCAAAGGGAUUGUGCAGAAGUAACUCACUGAAAACAUUUGAGAUUGACCAUUGUCCUCAACUCUCGCUGUUGUUUUCUGAUGCAAAAGAAGAGGGUCCAUCGUCAGCUCUUGAAAGUUUUCACCUUUUGGGACUUGAUGAGUUGAGAUCCUUUUCAAGGAUCUCCAUCAAUUAUCCUAAAUAAUUGCUGACUGUAAAGAAAACUCAUGCUUUACUGAAAGAGGGGCUUCUCAAAUGCCUUCAACCUCUGUUAAUGACAGUGUGCAAUACUGAGCUGACUAAAAGAUGCCAUCAAGGAGGAGAAGAUUGCCCCAAAUUAUCACAUGUCCCCAAAUGUGUGGAUUCAUAAACCUAUAAUUGCACCGUCAGACCUUAUUAUUCAUCAGAAAAUAAUCCUAAAAGGGGAUUGCUACCUAUAUUUGAUGCUCCUCUUUCUCCAGCAAAAGAAUUCAGGCUAAAGCUGAUGAGUUCAUGUGGUGGAAGGUUGCUACUGCUUCCAGCCUUGCUCAUGAUGUUUCUGAUUUCAAUAUCCCCAAUGAAAGGAGUCUUAGUUGGGCUCUUUUGAUUUUAUAUAGCUUCCCUCCCAAGAUUUCUUGGCCUUUGUAGAUGACUCUGUAUGUUUCCCCAAAGAGAAGCAUUUUUGUGUGAUUUGUAGUUGAUGAAAUCCUUAAUUUCUUGACAUCAUAAGUUCGAUCUCUUGGACCUCUCUUCGAAAUCAUUGUAUCCUUGGUUGAAAUUAUUUUUAUCGUCUUUCUUCUGAAACACCAACAAUUUUCUUUUCUAGCAUCUAUUGGUUUGGUUGGUGAUGGACUAGUGAUUACAUUUCAUUUUGUUCAUUUUCUUCUCUAUGGGUUUUGUAAUCUGAUAUAUGAUGGGGGAGAACUUUUUGACUCUGUUUUAUUAUUUCUGAUUACAUGUGCAUGUGAUGAUAAUUACAAGGUUCGUUCAUUUCUGAAAGAUACAAAGAAGUAGUAAUAAUAAUAACUUGGUUAUCUAAAACUCUAAAAAAUGGAAGUUUUACAGGAUUCUACUAUUACUCCAGUGUACCUUCUUCAUUGGAGUCCAUAGCCUAGUGCAGCUCACAAAGAGAGAGAAUUCCAUAAGACCUCUUUAAUUUUUCUUUUCAAGAAAAAUUUAAGUAGAAAGAAUUCAAAAAACAGUGGUUACUUCUUUUCCCUCUUUGUAUAUCUUUGUGAUGGGCAAGAAUUUAUUCAGAAGAAUGAGGAAAGAGAAAAGCUAGAGUUAUACAAUCCGGGGAAAAAGGUUUUGGUACUUAGAAAUCUCCCAUGUAUGUAUUCAACUUAUGAAGUGGGUGUAUGGGCUAGCCUGUGGUGCGAUCAGCUAUUUGAUACUCCACUUCUUCUUUAUUAGGUUCAUGUACAACAUCUGGGCCAGAUUUUAGGAGUAUAGAACAGAAAUGACAUAUGUUCUCCCAAAUUGGAGAGAUCAGUAUUGGCUCCUCUAUAUUUAAUGUAGAACUAAACUCGAACCAGGGUGAAUCCAGCUGGAGAUUAGAUUACAACAGGAUUGCACGGAAUAGAAAACAACCAGACUAGGAGAAAACAAAACAUUUCAAGGAAAACAGCUUAGAUUAUUCUGAUGCUAUGGCCGAAUGGUUUAUUUGACAAGGGAAACAGGAUUGCAAAAUAUGAUUCAAAUCCAAAGGUUAGAUUCUCAGUCAUUGUAGAGUUCUAGUGGAAUUUAGAGAUUGAAACCCCAAAUUUAUUAGAGAGAUUGAUGGGAAUGUUUUAGAGGUUUAAAACUGAAGCCAAUAAUGGACUGUGAUCAAGGAUGAAUCAGCAGCAAUCAUCAGAAACCAAACUUUUGAUUAAACCAGGAAAAUGAGAAUUUUCAGAAUUGUAUUUGAAAUGAGAGACUACAAAUCAAUUUAGAAAUUGGAGAUUAAAGCAGACACUGAAUCUGAUUCCAACAGGUAAAUCGAUAGUUGGAAUAGCAAAUUUUAAGUUGAAAUUGGUAUAGCAACUUGUAUGUUAUUUAAGCAGAGGACAGAAACUGAAAUAUUCUAACAAGAAUGGAAAUCUCUGGGUUUGAGAAAUUCUGAUCUGAAAUUGAUAGGAAGGAAGAGAAGAAACAGGAAAGUGAAGUCAAACCAGGAAUCCACCUGAAUUGCUGGUCUGGAACGCACCAGAUUCUCCUGCUGAAUCCAUAGCAGUUCCACUCAGAAUCUACUGAGCAAUCCACACCUGAAUACACAGAUUUAUGAUGCUGAAAUCCACACAUGAAACAGCUUCAGAUAUUCUAUUCAUUCAUCAAAUCGUGGGUGGGGCUGCAACACUUUACAUUUAUUUAUAGAAUAAGGGAAAGGGACUCAAAAUAGGAAAGAAAAAAUAAAAGACAGACUGGGAAACUCCCUGCAAUCAACCAGCCUAUUGGGGAGUCCUAAACUGAUUCAACUUCUUUAAAUAAUAAAGAAAUUAGGGCUGGGAUAUACUAUACAAUCCAUCCAGCUAAGUAUGGUAAUAGUAUAAAUAUAAGCUGCUAAGAGGCCUCCAUGAUUCGGAUUGAAAGAUUCCUGAUGUGAUCAAGAAACUAAGGUCAAAGACUGAACUGAUUCAGUGAAUCUGGAUACUGAAUGGUUCAGUGGAUUGGACCAAUUUCUUGGUCCAGUUUGACCCAGCCGAUAAUAGCCUUGGUCUGCAGCUGGCCUUCUUGUUUCUCUUAAUCGCAUCAAUAUUAGUCCAACGAUACGCUUUUAAUUCCCCCCCCCCCACCCGCUGGUUGGGAUGAUGUGGAGUAAAAUUAAAGAACAAAUGUAAACCAUUUUUUUAAGAAAAAGGGAAGCACCCCUAACAGUAGAAGCCUUUGACCACUAUUUUUGCAUGUGGUUGUAAUUCCUUGAUCAUUUUGAUUGUUGGAUGGAUUGGUAGCUCACUGGAUAGACCACAUGUCAAAUUUGGUGGCCUAUCUCAAUAGUAAGGCCACCAUUUAUGGAGUGUUUUUCAAGGGUCUGAUUCCUCAAGCAAGGCUCACUGUUUAGAAUAGUGUUCAAAAGUAUUGUUCUGACAGUUGGUGAUGUCAUAUUGGAAUGAAAAUCAACACAUUGAUGAUGAUGCAGACAAUAUAUUCUCAAAGUUUGAGCAUUAACAAAAUGAGAUCUGACUCAGGCCUCCAGUAGUUUGCUUUAGAAUUUACACUAGUGGCACUGUCCGUUCACUUUAGACUGGCUGAAUUGUACCCCAUGUUUCUUAUUUCAUUUGAAUUGCUCUACUAGGAAAUGUUCUAUAAGCACGUCAAGCUAAUGCUGCAUGGAAUGAUAAAGAGAUGUGGUUUCUGUGUUAAUAUAUGAGAAAAAUAGUCUUGUAAGUGAAGGUCAUUUGGCUUGGUUGUAUACAAUCAGCAUACACCCAAAAGAAUUUAUAGCAGUAUGUUUUGUGUUUCCUAAGUUUGGUGCCAACUAGAAUGAGUAGGCAUUUUUUUUAGGGUGACUGGAAAGCAAUUAUUUGGUAGUCCUUUCUCCAAAAUCCAAACCAUACGAAAGUCAAAGUUGUGGUUCUCAUCCUCUGUUUCCAUCAGGUAAGCUACUUUUAACUUGUUCUUGUGAAACCAGAUCUUCCAGAACUCUUUCUGGUCCACUCCCAUUUUCAUGUUGGAUAUUCUAAUCAGGUUCUUUUGGUUUCAUUUUCAGGGGGGCAAUAUGCCAAGGCACCCACCCUUCUUAUGGAAAUGCAAAGGAUCACAUUUUCUUCAAUGUAUCCAUGAUCAAGUUGGAAGUGGCAAUCUAAUGUGGGUCUAUCAGUUAUGUCUUUUCUAUGCCACUCUGUUUCCACAUGUUAAGUUUCAGCUCAAUAUUUUUCUGCUGUGUGGCAGAACGCUGAGAAGUGUAAUUUCCCAACUUAUUUAAGUUGAAAUAACUUAAAAUAUUGAGUGAUUUGAUUCCUGGUGCUCUGGAAAUGCUUGAUUUUGCUCUACUUUUGUGAGAAGCUUGGUUAAGAAGUUAUUCAAGACAGUUAUGAGAACCAGCUGUUAGAAAUGUCCAUUGGCGCAGCUGAUCAGAUAAAGCCAUUUCAUAAAGUAAUGCCUUUAUGGUUGUUGCAUGAAUGAUUUCAAACAAGUGCAUGUGAACUUCUAAAUUUCUAAUGUUGAUACCUAGUUUUAGCAUAGACUGGGCACUUCAACCUGUCCUGUCACUAUUUAUGCUAUUUCAAUUCCCAAGGGAACCAAUUGUAUGGAGCAGCAAAUCCUGAUUAAGCUACUAAUACAUGGUUGGGUAUGUGGAUUUCAUGUAAUAUUCCACUGGUUUUUUUUGUUUUUCUUUUGUUAUUAAUUGGUUUGGUAUAGAGGGUGUUGUUAACUUAGGGUUUUAAGGAAUAGACCACAUUUGACAUAACAGCUGUUUUUAUGCGUAGGAGAAGUAAAAAUUUCAGUAACCGACGUCUUCUUUUAAAAGGGAAUUAUUCAAAAUUUUGGGUAUAAUAUAUCAGGAUCUCAAAAUUGUAAACAAUCAAAUCUGUUUGAUAAAUUCUGUUGAAAUCAUACUCUCCAGCUGAUUGGUCUUCUUUGUUGUCAGAUUGUGAUGCAGUUCAGAAGAACAAGAAGUCCAGCAGCAAACCAGGCUAUCGCUUUGGUCAGAUUUGAUCAAUAGGCUUAAUUUUGAGUGUCCAAUAGGUUAUAUGGGUCAUGGGCUCACUAUUUUUUGGUUUUCUAUCCACUAUAGGCCCAAAUGUAAAGGAUUUCAGGCCUAUACGGGAUUAGUGUUAAUUUCUGCUUUAGUAAGUUGUAUUAUUUAUUUUAGUAGUGUUCUAGAAGGCUGGAUGGAUGUCCUACAUUCCAGCCCCUAGUUUCUAUUUUGUUAAAGUUCUAGAAUAAUUUAUAUUUUGAAGAAGACUUAAAUUGUCAGGAAUUCUCCCUACCAUACAUAGGGGUUUCCUAUUUUGCAUAUUUAAUUGAAGUCAUAAAUUAAGAGUA